GUGUGCACAAUGUGACCGCACUGGGUAAACUGAUAACUUGGCAGAAGGUGGAUUAUGACUUCAGUUACCACCAGAUGGAAUUCCUGUGCAAUAUUAAUGUUCUUAUCACUUCAGAGGGUCGAUCAUUCCUACCGUCAGAUUGCCAAGUCCACUUACAACCGCAGAUAAUUCCACCGAACAUGGAAGAGUAUAUGAACAGCCUCCUAACAGCAGUGCUCCCUUCUGUGUUGAACAAAUUUCGCAUUUAUCUAAGUUUAUUGAGGCUGCUGGACUAUAGUAUAUCUGAUGAAGUGACCAAGGCAGUAGAAGAAGACUUUGUAGAAAUGCGCAAGAAUGACCCUGAGAGCGUAACAGCUGAUGAUCUGCACAGAACUCUGCUUGUAGCAAGGUUCCUGUCUCUCAGCGCGGGGCAGACAACGCUGUCAAGAGAGAGGUGGCUGAGAGCAAAACAACUGGAGGCAUUACGUAAAGCCAGACUUCAGCAGCAAAGAUGUGUUAACGGAAAUGAACUUUAAUGUUUUGUGGAUGUCACUACGAAAGUUUGUCUAAUCCUAGAUGGAACCCAUACUAAGAUUGGAAUAUUGUUUAUACCAGUUUUUGUAGAUAAUUUAUACCAAAAAGUUAUGGAUAUUUACCCUUGCAGUCUGAACAUGCUUAAGUCUGUUCAGCCAGUUAAACAUACUUUAUUAAAUUUUUUUGGAGCCUGUUCUUUAAUUGAAAAUUGGUAACAAUGAGCAAAUUGUUUGAUAUUAAACUU